AUGGUAUUGGUGAUCUAUUUUUUGGUACCGUCAGUUGAAACUCGGCUUCUCGAUAUAUCAGACUGGGAAACAACCAGAAAGGUAGUGGAAGAUCUUGGUCCUAUUGACCUUUUGGUCAACAACGCUGCGGUCAUAAAACAUACACCGUUCUUUGAUGUGACAAAAGAAGAAUUAGAUGAACAACAUGAUAUAAAUUUCCGAGCAGCUUUUAAUAUUACACAGGUUGUAACAAAAGGAAUGGCAGCACGUGGUACCGGCGGGGCUGUCGUCAAUAUCUCGAGUAUUGCUGGAAUACGUACAACGAUGAACCAUUCUUGCUACAGUACCUCAAAAGCUGCCUUGGACAUGCUAACAUUGUCACUAACACACGAAUUGGGACCUAAAAAGAUACGUGUGAAUAGCGUCAAUCCGACUGUCGUUAUGACUGAGAUGGGAAAACGUGGAUGGAACGACCCCGAAAGGAAAGCUGCGGCCCUCGCUAAAAUACCAGUUGGGCGUUUCGCAGAAAUAGAAGACAUUGUGAAUGCACCGGUGUACCUCUUGAGUGACAAAUCUUCUAUGAUAAAUGGAGUGGUAUUGCCGGUAGAUGGUGGUAUGAUAAACAGCUUUAUAUAGAAAAUGCAAAUGCAUAAAUUCAUUAGAAUAUCUCUGUAUAAUAAGAGGAGAUUCCGCGUACAUGAAAUAAAGGAAUUAUUUUGUGAUGAGAUUUGUAUCGAGAUGAUCUUCAAUGAAGUUUGCAGUAUUACUUCGUGAGAUAUUUGGAACAACAUGUUAUGAUCUUUGAUUACUUACACGUUUUCUGUAAAUGAAUAAAAAGUCAAAUGAAGUCAA